CCGCCUCACGCGGACAUCCCAGACGCGCAGGGCCAGAACAAGAGAGUGAUGGUGAGGAGCAGGUGAAGAGCAGACACGAGAAGAGAGAGAAACACGAGUCUGUGCGAGAUGACGACGACAACCACGUUUAAAGGGAUGGAGCCCGGCGCGAAAAGCAGCUCCAGGGUUCUGCGUCCUCCCGGUGGCGGAUCCAACAUAUCCUUUGGUAACGAAGAGGAGAAACCCGUCCGAGUAAACAAGAUGGCCUCCAGUGUGUUCGCCGAACCCGAGGACCCCUACGCCAACCGCAGGAACAACCCACCAGGUGGGGAGCCCACUGGUGUCCUCUGUGGAGAGUCCUCAGCUCCACUGAGAAGAAGAGACCAGUCCACCACCAACUCGGCUGCAGCUGGAGAGGAGCAGCCCUGUGCUGAUCCUGAGCAUGGUGCUAACGCUGAGCUGUGCCCCGAGCAGCCGCAGGCAGAAGCGUCUCCGGCCGAGGAGCCCGGAGCCCCGUCGGGACGCAGGAACCCUCCAGGCGGCAAAUCCAGCCUUAUUCUGGGAUGAAAACCUCACAGCCUUUUGUUACCUCCGUCCACACGUCGCUUCAUUACCGUGUUCAUCGUGUCUGUAGUUAUCUGCCGAGGUCCUGGAAUAGUGAAAUCCUCGUUUACAUCCUGAAGUGCAUUAUCCGACGCCUCUUAUGAUAACGGUUUUUCUACUGAUUCGUUUCUUGUUCAGUUUAAAGCACUUUAUGUCUGUCUUU